CAUGGGCGGCGGGGGCAGCACCGGGCGGCGCGUCAGCUUCGAGGUGGACGAGAAUGAUCACGUCACGGUGGUGAAGGGCGUGCGGGUGAGCUCACGUAUCUCUGAGUCUGUCAUCGAUCGUAUGAAGGAGACAUCUUCACCCGGUGCAAAACCAUCCUCUCAGCAGCAAUCAGCAUCUGGUGAUCAUGGCUUGCAUGGAGCUGUUGCAGUUAAUGAAGAAGAGCUAAAGAAAAGAAUAGCUGAAGAGCUGGCAUUAGAACAAGCCAGGAGAGAGACUGAAGCUCACAAAAGGUUGAAACAGGAUCAGAUGUAUGUACAUGAUGAACUUGGCAGAGUCCUGGAGCGAGAGCGAACCGCUUCAAAUGAGCACCUGACUAGAGCCAUUCUCCGAGAGAGAGCCGCAACCGAAGAGGAGCGUGUGAAGGCGGAGCGUUUUGCCAAGCAGCUGGAAGAGAAAGACAGAGAACUGAAGAAGCAUGAUGCCUACUACAAAGAGCAGCUGGCUCGACUGGAAGAGAGAAGUGCACAGUUCUACAAAGUGACUACGGAGCAGUACCAAAAAGCAGCCAAUGAAGUGGAAGCUAGAUUCAAGCGAUAUGAGUCUCAUCCAAUCUGUGCUGAUCUGCAGGGUAAAAUUCUCCAAUGUUAUCAGCAAAACUCUCACGAGACCCUCAGCUGCUCUGCACUGGCCAACCAAUACCUGCAUUGUGUCAAUCAUGCCAAACAGCAGAGCAUGCUCGGGAGAGGAGGAUAGAGGCAGCAUCCAAAUCCAGUACAAGCCCAUCAACUCUAAUUUCAGUAGCAGAGCAUUUUUUUUUCCCCAAGAACAAGAUGACAGCCCAUUUACAGGGCAGACCGAUAAAGAGAAGAACUGGAAGAGCCAUUUCAAGAGCAGCAGCCAUCACGGCUCAAUCAGUGUGGCCAUUUGAAAAGCCAAGACCUGUAUCUUAUUACAUCAGAAAUCAUACAUCUGAGGACACUGUUCAGUUUUAGUAAAAACCCACUUAUUGGUGAUUGAAGAAAGGAAGAGAAAAGAAACUUCCAUUGACCUUAGGAGGAAAAUAUCCUUCAACUGCUGCUGUUUUGUGGUAGAAUCUACUCCAUAACUCCUUGCCGUCGAAGCCAGGGGUAUGUAACACUUGAUGUGCCAUUAUAUGGCAUCACUGUAUAAACUAGCCCAUUACUACACCACACUGUGCAGCCUGUGUUCGCUGCUGGCAUUUAAGCAGUUUUCCUUUUCAUGUGUAAAUGAAGCAAUGUUUGCUUAACUUAUUACCGAAAUUAUGUAAUAAAAAAAAUUCCUUCCCCUCCCCUCCCUUGCCCUCUGCUGGAAUAACGUUGUUAGUGCUCCAACACUUCAGGUGUAAGGUGGCCUUCAGCUCCAUUGCACGGAUUUUGUUAUGCUCUCCACUGCUGUCACAAUUAUAGCUCAUUCUUUAUCAACAAUAAAUUUAUUUUGUGAGCAGGA